AUGAACUUGCAUGAUAUCAACCUGUGCUACACAUACAACAUGAUACAGCAGACGAUCCGCUCUAUCAAAGAGACUGCUAAGUUUGACAGUGAGUUUACAUCAGCCAGCAACUACAGUAACUCAUUUAGCUAGCUAGACCAGGGUAGGGGUCUCCAAUAGGUCGAUCAAAAAUACAUGCAAUUUUUACGUGUUCAACCGCAAAACUGUCAUAAACAAGUCUCACAAGUAUCAGACACCGCAAGCUCCCAGCUACUAUCUAAUCAACGCAACAUUGACAUUAUCCCACCCCUGGUUAGCCACUUCUGGCUUAAAAAGCCUAACACAAUAUCUGCCAAUUAAUUUCCAGCAAUAUUGUCACUGUAUGACUGUGUGGUGCGUGCAUUUGUCCAUCACUCCAUGUGUAGCCAGUUGAUGUGACAACCAUCUUGUGGGUUGAAAGAAAUACUUACCCCAAAACCUUCUAAAUUAAAUGUUAACUGCAAAGUAGGCUUAUCUGGCAGAAGUAUAUCAUGAGUAAGUAUAUAAUUGGUAUCUAUUAUUUGUAAACUUUGCCAUGAAAGGGUGCAGCAGUACAGAACCAUCGCUAGGCCAGCACAUUAGAUGUCGCAUUCUUUUUUUAUCUUCUAUGAUAUCAUGGCGGUCCACAAACAAACGUUUAAAGUGUGUGCCGCCACCUAAGAUUAUGAACCCUGCCAAGAUAGCCUACAUAGGAGGCCUAUUGUGUGUUGUUUUCUUUGCCUGUGUUUUAUAAAUAUGACCUGUGUGUGCCUGGAUGCAGAGUAUAGCUAUGACUGGAACACCAGUGUGAUAGAUCCGAAGAUUAAGUUUCAACACUGGACAGCUGAUGACCUGCUCAACCAGAGACAUCAGUUUGAGAUUUUUGACACCAACAAUGACCGCCCGCUGUACUUUGACGAGUUGUGAGAGAACACAGUAAAUUCAGAUGUGACUUUUACUAAUGUCAUGAUGUGGCUACUCAGCGAUUUUUAACUGAAGAGGCUGUAGGUGGCAGCACACAAAUUCCAUAACACGAUAACGAGGUAGUCUUAUCAUGAGUCUCUCUGUCCUGGUUUCGAAACAUCUCACAUGAAUAAAAGUGGGUGCUACUAUCGCAGACUUACUUCCAUUCCUCUCCUCUACCUCCUAACAGUUCCUCAUAUCUGAACAUAGUCAACUAUGAAGGCCAGAAAGGCGAUAAUUAACAAUGCACAAAUCCAACUACAAUUCCAUAAAUUUUGAGGAGUAUCUUCUUCUUCUUUGGUAUUAUGGCGGUCCGCAAACAAAUGUUAUAGGUGCAUGCCAUCACCUACUGUGUUGGCUGUGUAUCAGCCUACUAUUCUGUAGUAUGAAUUCAUUACACUUUGUGAAAAAUUCUCUCUACCAACUAACCCGGUCCUCUGUAGCUCAGCUGGUAGAGCACGGUGCUUGUAACGCCAAGGUAGUGGGUUCGAUCCCCGGGACCACCCAUACACAAAAAAAGUUAUGCACGAAUGACUCUAAGUCGCUUUGGAUAAAAGUGUCUGCUAAAUGGCAUAUUCUUAUUCUUAUUCUAACCCUACAUCCAUAAAAACCUCAUCACUAUUCCACUACUUUGGCCCUAUCUGAUCCUACACCACCAGGCUGGCAGCCUGGGAGGACGGGACACUAUAGUUCAAAACACCUUGUAACUUCUGCAGUAAAAUCUCGUACACCCAAGUACUUCUCUGCAGCUGCCACCACAAUGUCUAUCCUUUGUGAUUUACAUUCCAUUCCUGCUAUACAGUUGUCAUGAAUGCCAAAACACCAACCUUACUGAAGCAUGUUAUUACUAUCACUCUCUAUUGACCUCGGCCUUGAGGAGUUCCCCCAGGUAGAGCACACACAUAAUUACAUUAUUUAACCUGUUUUGGACAUAUUAUAAGAAGCAGUGAUGUGAAGCUUCUGCAUCUACUUACAACCAACACCUUGUUCGUUUUUAUUGCAGAACAGAGGAUGUGUCCCUGUAUAUUUUGUGUCUAGGUCUAUAUUGUGAUUAUAUUGGUCUGUAUUGUGACUGUGUUGUCUCCCCUCCUACAGCUGUUGUAUGACCUUAAGCAGGGCGCAACUGCCUCUCGAGAGCGAGGACAACAAGGACACGGCCACCGGUGGCAUCUGUGAGGUGGCACGCAUGGACACCUUACAGCAGAUGUGCUAUGGUGUCUUCUAA